CCAAAACGUAGUAGACCGCUAAUGUAGAAUAUGUUGUCUCUCUAAGGAAUCAGAGUCACGGUCUGAGACUGUAAAACUUUAUUUAAAUCCUAGUCAGUCAUCGCAUCUACUACAAUGCCACGUAGGUAACGGUAGGGGCAGCUGUUCCUCCUAUAAGGUCCUUAGAACCUUUCCAACCCUACAACCUUACAACUUUACACCUCUGCAAGAUGUAUUUACAUACAAGUUGCAGUAGUUUUCAUUUUCCUCCCAUUUCAUACCGUAACACUCCUGGCCGCAAUGCCACCUGCAACUGACAUCGCCCCGUACAAGGGUCCCGUCGGGCGCCUCGCCAAUCGUUGCCCGCUAUGCCCAUCACACUCAGCAGUUGGCUCCCACCUCCUUCGAUGUGCUGGAUGCCGUACUUUCAAUUACUGCAGCCGUGAGCACCAGGUCGCCCAUAGGCCGCAGCAUAAGUCCGCCUGUAACAAAAUAAAGAAAGCUCGCGCCAAACUCGACCAAGAAGACCACAAUGUCCGCAACGCCACAGAAGACUUUAUGACUCCCGCCAACGCCUUUGAAACUCACGUUGGCUAUUUCUGGGGUGUUAUCAAUACACGCGAUUAUAUGCGAGCACGGUUUGCGGUAGCUCAGCAACUCCUGUUAUUAGGGACCCUAAGCAGUGUUCGCGAGAGCCUUGAGCAUCUACGAGAUAUGUUAAGGUUAUGCAGGAGUGACAACAUGGGACUUCGGAACAUCGUGCCGGCCACCAUGCUGCGAUUGGAUCUCGACCAGGAGUGCUAUGAUUUCAUAAAAUGGUGGGCAACAUGUGAUCCCGAUGGUAAAUACGAUUGGGGAAAUAUGUCCCUGCCCUAUCUCAACAUCCACGGAGCCGACGUUUUUGAGGAUCCCGAUUUUCUCCUUGGCGAAUACCCAGACCUUGAUUCGCUUGUUGCGAUUCUAAUCUUGAAACUAAAGCUUCUCGUUGACAUUCGCAAUUUGAAGGUCACCCGGAACGUCCUUGCCCGACGCCAACUCCCUACUGAGCUUCGGGACCAGAUCGAGGAGAAUGUAGUUCGGAGUCCCCUAUCUACUAAACUCCAGAAAGAGUCAUGCGUCACUCAUCAAGAAAGAAACCAAGCUUUUGGAUCAUACCCGCCAGAUCGGCGCUGUCGUCGUUCAGACUAAUCAUAGUUUCAUGUUCAACCUUUUCAAACCAGACGAAGCGCUCCGCCACGAGCCUAGUGCAUAUUCAUGAGGCUCUCUGGAAGAGACAUGCCUCGCGAUAAAGCACUCGUACGCUACGUGGUGGGAAACGGAAGGCGUCUUGAGCCUCUUGAUGGAUGCGCGUAUGUGCGCGGCGCGUGACUCGGAGGAUGAGGUUAAGGAAUGGAUGGAAGAUCCGCGGGCUAGGAAAGGGCGAACGGCGGCGGAGUUCUUGUCGGAUGUUAGCUUGAACAGGAUCUGGGGAUACCUGGAAGACGCGAUCGAGGAUGCCUCAUACUUAGGUCCCUGGCCUGAGCGGCCUUCUGAGAAGCGUAUAAAGGAGGAUAGGGAGUUCUGGGCGGAGGCGGAGGAGGCGGAGGAGGC